AUGCUGACUGUGGCCGUAGUGCUGCUGGGCCUGUUUCUGCGUUUGUCUGAAACAGUUACAGUAUGUUACUUGGGGUCAUGGGCAGUGUGGCGACCUGAUGCUGGAAAGUAUGAUAUAGACCAAAUCGAUCCUUUCCUUUGCACCCACGUCAUCUAUAGCUAUGCCCAGAUCUCCGAAACCACGUGGGAACCCCUGGAACCUUACUAUGAUUUGUGUGAAAACUGGGGCCUCUGUGCCUAUGACAGGUUCACGGGUCUUAAGAAGGUAAACCCAGAACUCAAAACCUUACUUUCCGUUGGAGGAAGCGCUAAGCUGAUGUCCCAGGUCUCAGCCGACCCAUUAAAACGAGAAAUCUUCAUAUCCAGCGCCGUCAGCCUCGCGAAGAACUACAGCUUCGACGGCCUAGACACAGACUGGAUGUAUCCUGGCGACGAAAACGGAAUUCCGAAGGACAAGGAAAAUUACAUCCUCCUCCUGACUGAGCUUCGAGAGGUGCUGACGAAGGAAGGCCUCUUACUAACAGCUGCCGUGUCUCUCCAAAAACCAGUCAUUGACAAGGCCUACGACAUCCCCGCUAUGUCAGCAGUAACGGAUCUACUCCUCCUGCGUGGUUACAACUUCCACGGUACUUGGAGCACCUACACCCACCACCAUGCCCCUCUGUACGGACACCCGGGGGAUACGGGAAACAACGUUUACCUGAAUAUUAACUACGGCCUCGAGUAUUGGGUAUCGGGAGGAGCAGACAAGAGCAAGCUGGUCUUAGGUCUCGGAACGUACGGCAUCUGCUGGACACUGGACAGCAUGGACGACACAGGGUAUUUCGCUUCGGCCACACAAGCGGGGGAACCUGGGCCCUACACAGCGUCGUUGGGUAUCCUCGGAAUAAGGAAAUCGGGAGACAAGGGUAACAAGGAAAUAAUUAUGGCGACAGAUAUGCGAGAUGCAGCGAGACAGCGAGUGGACGGUGGUUCUCGAUCCGGAUAUGAACGAGCCUUAUGCGUUUUAUCAGGGAAACAAGAUUUGGUGCGGCUACGAGGACGCCCUCUCAAUGUGGGUCAAGAUCAUUCUGACUUAUUCUUCUCAGGCAUUUCGAAGCAUAGGGGUUAUUUGUCUCUGCUCCAUCGGCCACUGACGGGUCAGUACGCCCGGAGCCAAGGCCUGGCGGGGACGAUGGUGUGGAGUCUGGAGACGGACGACUUCUCGGGGUCCUGCACGGGGCGGCCCUACAACCUCAUCAGGUCCAUGGACGAGGGCUUCCAAAACCUGCCCUUUAGCACCCCUGUGCCUCCAACUGUUGCUCCUGAGACUACUCCCGAAGCAGUUGUUACUCCCGCAUGCAGUGAAGGCAAUUACUACCUUGAAGAUAUCCAGUGUGAUAGGUGUGAUAACCCAGGCAUCGACUCUCAACAGUACUGGCACUGCGUGAACGGCAAUGCCAUCCCUGGCGAGUGUAGUCCAGGCCUGGUGUGGGACAUGGCGGUGGAAUCCUGCAGUUGGCCAGAUAAUGUUGACACUUCUCACUGUGUCAUGCCUGGAGAGGACACCACCACAAUAACGACAACCACAACUAAACUAACAACCACAAGCACUACAACGACUGAACUGACGACCUCAUCUGCUCCACAACCAGAGUGUGAAAAAGAGAUGAAUUACUUUGUCAGUCAUCCUUUAUGUAACAAGGUAAAGCAGAAAAUAAAUAGAGUAAUGUAA